CCGUCGCGCCGGUACGCCGCUCGGCCCUUCUACAGUGUUCGUAGUCCCAGUUGUUCCGGCGAGUGGCGACUAUCAGCUUCAGAGCUUCCCCAAAUCAGCCACUAGAAAGGAAUUGGCAGCACCAUGGAUGUAAAUCACAUCACUGAGAUGGAGGAUGGUUUAAAUGAUGAUGAAAUGGAAUAUCCAUUUGAGGGUGAUGCUAAUGCCAGUAACAAUGAUCAGAUAGUAGAGGACCAUGCUGAUGAUGCCCCUAUUGCUAGUGGUGAGAAUGCCAUCGUCCAACAGCAAGUUGGUCUGAGAAAGAAGAAGUACAUGUAUGUGAAUGACCAUCGUGUUGUGAAACAACGGAAACUAGUACCAACAGUGACAGUUCCCGCUAUGAACAAGGAUAAAGGUCAAAUGCCAAUGAGUAUCUCCAAGAUGAAAACCAAGAAGCCAAUCGGUACCCCUACUAGCAGCAAGCUAAUGGCAUCUGCAUUCAAGGUCACAUCAAGCAAGAAUGAACUUAUGGUUUUAAUGCAAAAAUCAGCUGAAGUUGUGCAACCUGCAAUUGCAAGUGCUACCGCUAGUGCAAACGCAAGUGCAAGUUCAAGUGUAAGGGCAAGUGCAAGCAUACCAGCAAGUGUGAGCAUACCAGCAAGUGCCCAAGCAAGUGUCGGCGACGAUGAAAAACAAGUAGAUGGCCAAAUUGGGAAAAGACUCACUUCAUGGGUCUGGCAACAUUUCACAAGGGUCAACAACAGCUAA